AUGGAUAAAGUACCAGAUGAUAUCAAGAGUUAUAUGAUGGAGGCUUAUCAGUUGGCAAGCCGGUGGUCGCUUCCAAAUAAUCGUGGAGAUCACACUAACUCAAAAUCGAUCCCUCUAAAAUCUGUGGCUGUGAUCGGAGGGGGAACGAUGGGAAGAGGAAUUGCAAUGGCUUUCUGUAUGGCUGAGUUUGAAACGAUUUUGGUGGAACUUAAUGAUCAGUUGGAAAUCACAUAUGCACGAGAGAAGUCUUUCAAAAGAUUGAAAGACUCGAAAAUCGAAAAAUUGAGGAAGAAUCUGCAGAUCACGACAGAUUUUCAGAAACUUCAGAAUUGCGAUCUGGUGGGUUCAUCCAAAUAUGAUGUACCAUGUUAUGAGCAAGUUCAGAUCGUUGAAGCGGUUUUCGAAGAGAUGAAAUUGAAGAAGGAACUUUUCACAAAGUUGGAUGGAAUCUGUAAAACGUCAUGCAUUUUUGGAACAAACACAUCAAGCCUGGAUCUAGAUGAUAUGUCGUCAGUUCUCCAGAAUCCAACCAAAGUUGUUGGAAUUCACUUUUUCAAUCCAGCCAAUCUAAUCAAAAUGGUUGAAGUCAUUUAUGGAUCCCACACGUCUUCCGAAGCCGUUGCCACUGCUUUUGAAGCUUGUAGAGCUAUCAAAAAACUUCCUAUUCUUGUUGGGAAUUGCCCUGCAUUUGUGUUCAAUCGUCUUCUUGGAGUUUAUCUGAAUCAAAGUCAAAAGUUGAUGUAUGAAUACGGAUACCUACCUCAUCAAGUGGACAAAAUCGUCACCAGCUUUGGAUUUCUGAUGGGCCCAUUGACAGUUGCUGACAUGAAUGGUUUGGAUGUAAUGGAGAAGCUGAAAAGUGAGAAUGGAUGGCCAGCAAGUGAUUUCGAAAAAGAAGUAUGGACACAGAAAAGAUAUGGAAGAAAACGAGAUGCUAUCAACUUUUUAUUGUAUCCGAUGAUGAAUGAAGGACUUUUGUGCAUUGAAGAAGGAAUCAUUGAUCAUGAAAGUUUGAUAGAUAUUAUGUUCAUUCUUGGCUUUGGAUGGCCAGUUGCAACUGGAGGUCCAAUGAACUUUGGACGACAACAAGGAAUUGAAAAAGUAGCCAACACCUUGAUUUUCUGGUCUUCUUUAGAACCGGAGAACAGAAUCUAUCAAGUGGCACAGACUCUCCGAAAAGUUAAUAAGAAACAUUUUUCAUCAAAACUUUGA